AUGGCUGUCCUUCAAAGCCUGCUGCUUUGGAUGAUCGCAUAUGUGGCACUACAUGGUGCCUCCGGACACCGUGUGCAUCAAAUGGCUCAUGUAUCAGACGAACGGUUCAUGGCCUUGGAGCUGAAGGAAGAGGACGAAGAGGAGAUGCGGAAGGAAGCAGUGAAGUCAUUCAAACCACCUAAAGUGUGGAUGCCGACCGUGGAUUUGAUGAAAUGUUUCAUUCAUAAGGUGCAGCUCCACCGGAACUCCAGCACCACCAUCUUCGAACAAACUCGAAACAUUCUUGAAUAUGAAGAUCCAAGAGCAUGGGGUGCAAACUGGACCGGCUUCUUCUUCACGGUGAACUUCACAAACGAGGGAGGAGUGGAUGCUUUGGGUUUGCGCAAAGAGUGGCUCUCGCUUGUCCUGCAGUCCAUCGUGCUGCCAGCUGGCCAUGCAGACACGACAGGCUUGCAGUGCAUCAGCAGUGGCAAGUGCGGAGAUGAGGGCACACCGCAAUACUUGCUCAAAGCCUUGCCAUCUGGAGAGCUGGUGCCCAUCAGUGUGGAAGAGAUCGAAGCAUCGGAAGAGGUCGAAGCAUCAGGACAGACUGGGAGAGGCGGGAGAAUCGGAUCCAUGUUGAAAUUUGCCUAUGACGCUUACGAUUCGGCAUAUGAAAGGUUUCUCGGCGAAAAAGACAACGCAGAGAAGCUGCCUUCUGCCGCCCGCGUGCGUUUCCAGUUUUUGGGGAAGUGGCUGGCUCGGGCUCACAUCGUCACGGACCUGGGUUUCGCGCCAAUGGGUCUCCACAGUAUCAUUUACCAGAGCUUGGUGGCCGGUUAUGUGGUCACGCCCCAAACCACUUCUUUCUACAACAAGGAGGACACCAUCCCUGUCUGUGAGAAGCUGGCGGCCAUAUGGAUGCGACGUAGCCCGCAGGAGCUGCAAAGCUACGGAUGGCUGAGCUGCGAUGAAGUUAAGGACCACACAGGCAAGUACACCCAGGCUUUUGAAGAGCCGGUGAAGUACAUUGUGCAGGGCUUUCGGGAAGUGAUCCCCAGCACCUCUGGACUCUGGAAGCUUGUGGAUGGGAAGUGGAGGAAACUCUCCCAUCUCAUAGAAGGCAGCUCAGAGGUCAAUGUGGACGAAAUGUUGGAGGCAGUUUGGUGGGGAUUUCCUUCUUGUAGCAGCGAUGAGAAAGCUGUGAUCAUUGAAGUCUUACACGACUUGCAGAAGGAGGGUCAGGACUUGCCUCCCGUGAAGCGGCAAUUGAACAAGCUUCUACGAUUCUUCACGGGGGAGUCGCUGCUGAUCGAAGGCACCAGCGGCACGGGGAAGUCCUCGCUCCUUCGAGCCAUCGGCGGCCUUUGGAGCCACGGCUCAGGCACAAUUCGACGAACCCGAUUGGAGAGGUGCUUCUUUCUUCCACAGCAGCCUUACCUUUGUUUGGGAAGUCUGCGCGACAAUGUGCUCUAUCCAAGAGACAAGGAUGAGGUUGAUGUUUCGAAUGACGCCAUACAAGAAGUUUUAGGAUCCUUGGGAAUCAGCCAUCUCGAGGAUCGUUAUGAAUUGGAUCGCCAUUUGGACUUCACCAACAUCCUUUCAGGUGGCGAACGGCAAAGGCUGGGAUUCGCACGCCUACUGCUUAGAGAUGAUAUCGAGUUGGCUUUGCUGGAUGAGGCGACCUCGGCGUUGGAUGAUGAGAAUGAGAAGGUGGCCUACCAGCUCUUGCGGCAGAAGGUGCCCUCCUACGUCUCGGUGGGCCAUCGAGCCUCCUUGGUGAGUUGGCAUACCAACCGUUUGCUCUUAAACAGGCCUGGAUGCAAAAGCUAA